AUUUCUCCUCGACCUACUACCAUGUACAUUGACAACUCUCUAACCCAACGCUCUAUUGUACAUUGAGAAUCUUCCAAGAACCUUCAAGUCUGAAAAUCUGUCCCUUUCGAGAACUCCUUCCAAUCCUCCACCUUCUUCAACGAGCUCUCGUAGAAAGCCUUGUCAUUCUGAUAUGCAUCGUCACCCAAUGCCAACGUGUGCGGCCACUCCCUCCCCUUGUCACCCCCAAUCAAGUCGAUUAUCUUCCUCGCAGCAAGUAUCGGGUCUCCCGGCUCCUUCCCGGCGCCAGCGCUGAAACUCUCCAUCCAGUCGUGCGCCGCGUCGUACCCCUCAAUCGUGCGCGAUCCAGUCUUCACGUUCGCGCUAGUGCCCACUGCUGUCCGGAAACCCCCGAGCUGGGAUGAGCUUUCUGUGAGGACCGCAGACCUUCGAGGGAGGAAGGAGCAGUGAAGGGACUUACGUGGAUCGCGGUACAUCGCACGCCCCACGGCUGCAGCUCCUUUGCCCACACCGCCGUGACCGAGUCCAGCGCGGCCUUACUUGCGCAGUAGAUUCCGGCGCCGGCGAGGUUCAGUGUCGCGCCUUGCGAGCUGAUGUUCACGAUCGCGCAGGUCUUUGGCGGAAGGGAGCGGAAAUGGGGCAGCAGCGCGUGCGUGAGGUUCAGGACCCCGAAAAAGUUCGUGUGGAACUGGGCCAUGUUGGCCUCGUGGUCGAUCUCCUCGAGCGCGCCGCCCUGGAGAUAUCCCGCGUUGUUGAUGAGGCAGUGGAUCUGUCCGCUGGAGGCGGAUGUCAGCAGCCUGACGAGCGCGGGAGAGGGGACCAGCAUGACGUACUACUGCCCAAUCGCGAGUUCCACGAACUGGGCCAAGUCGCGCGGGUUCGCGGUAGUGUCGAGGGGAAGCACUUUCGCGCCGCGGCUUGCGAGGUCUGAGAGGGUGUCGAUCCGGCGCGCAGUCGCGAUCACGCGCAUUCCUGCGUUCAGGGCAGCUGUGCGUGAGCAGUGAAUGAGAUGACCAGAAGACGCGUCUGGGUCAUCAGAAUCUGGACGGACCGAGGGCGAGCUCCCGUCCAAGACCACUCGAGCAGCCAGUAAUAAGAACGACUUGCAUGAUGACAGAGGGACGCGUACAGAGAUCGGUGGGGCAGCAAUUAUAAAGCGUACUGGGCCCCGUGGGCGACUGCGGGUGUUCCGCGGAGAGUUUCACUACCCAUGUCAUCCAUGACUCGAAGAUCCAGGCAGUAAGGAUCAGGAACGGAUCCUUUUGUGACGCAAGUCGCACGUGUCUGGCAUCCGGGUUCUCACUGGCCCGGAAAAGCAAGUUGUUUUAUCAGCAGCACAGCCCCUGGGGACUUUUGCAGGCUCUCUUCCACCAUUAACGGGACAUCCUAUGAAGCCUUAUCAAUCAUUCAGCGAUCUCGCCCGCAGACCACCCGAGCUCCGUGGUCUUCUUGCCACGCACCAGAUCCGGCAGCAGGACGCGCGUCGUCCUGUGGGAACUCUGCGCUCGGCGGCGCGCUUGAUUGCGGUCUCCUCUGACGGUCAUCCGCGUUCUUAGGACGUAGAGGAUGCGUUCGGUCCGAUUUCUGCUCAGGUUAUGCGCGUGUAUAGCCUGCAAGCUCCCGCUCGAAUUCGAUACUGCUGAGCCCGCAGAUGCCUACGCGGCGCCGCUGAUGGACCGACGUCUGGCCAGCACGUCAACGCGAACCUGACUCAGGUAAGCAAGCAGACAAUCAAGCGCCCUUUGAGCGUCACUGCGGCUGCGGAAUGCCGGUUCUGCGCCCAUCCCUGUUUAGGAUUCGCUGACUGUACUCUUCUCCAUCAAAACUGACAAAGACGCGGAGGAUGGUGAGUCGACUCCGAGUCGGUGGGUGGGAGAGACUGGUCAGGUUAAAGACAGAGCAACGACCGCUACUUGAUUCCAAGCAAAGCCCACAUUCGAGACUAAACAUCCUUACUACCUACUUAUUUGGUCUGGGACUGAUUGAUAUCUGCAAUGAGCGUUCAAGGAGUCUUCGCCGCCAACUCGUUCGCCGCGCUGCCCAAAGGCAAGGCGUGUUUGAACUGCCGCCGCAGGAAGAUCAAAUGCGAUGGAGCGCAACCAAAGUGCGGGCCUUGCACAAGAUACAAAGCCUUCAGCGACUGUGAGUACGGGGGAGACGGUCCUCUCAGCACGCAUGUCCUCGAAGAACAAAUCGCGAUUCUGCAGGCCAGGAUCAAUGAAUUGGAGCAGCCAGCCUCCACACAACAACAAUCUAGACAAAUAUCGCCCACAAAUACAAUGCAACUUGGGCCCUUGCUUUCUUAUUUCUUCAAUCAGCAAAUCUCUGGAAAUGUCGUCGAUCAACAAGCGCUGCAAGCUAUGCCAACGGACUUGCCUUUCAUUGUGCUCCAAGCGCUUGUCCACAACUUCCUCCAUAACGCAAGCUGCUUCGGCUUCUUCCUCGACGCACAGACGUUUCAUGAUGCCAUCACCAGUCCCUCGGCGCAAGAUCUGCCGCAGAUCCUGCUGAACGUGAUGUAUCUCUGGGGCGUACAUCUCUCGAACGAUCCGCGCAUCACAGCGUAUGAGCCAGCCUUCCUCGCACACGCGCUGAAAAGCACCGCCAGCGGCCUCAGCGGCGCGCACCCGCGGACAGUCGUGUACAGCAUCCAGGCAUCUGUCCUGCUCGCGGUGUACUUCUUCCGGACCGCCCGCCGGCUGGAGGCGCGGUACCACACGUCUGUGGCGAUCGCCACCGCGCUGAGCGCCGGGCUGAAUCGCAUCCGGGGCCGCGCUGCGCAGGGCGGCUCGGCGCUCGGAGAUGUCGGUACGUUGGAGGAGGGCGAGCGGAUUAGCGCGUUCUGGAGUGCCGUUGCACUGGGCGGGGGCUGGGCUGGGUGCGGUGCGAUGGAGCCGAAUGUGGUCUUCUUUAAAUCGUCGCCUUCGUCGGGUGUGGCUGCGCUUACCGUUGAUACGCCGUGGCCGCUUGAGCCGGGUGAUUAUAUGCAGAAUCAACAUCUCCUGCCUGCGCGGAAUGCCGACACGGUUACUCGCUUUCUCACUGAACGGCCGUGCCCGUCCUCGUCGAUCCCCGCAUUGAGAGCUAAGGCGUCGAUACUGCUAGACUUGAGUGCGCAGAUCGGAGCCCGAGUGCGAGCAGGCGCAGUUCUUCCCUCCGAUACAUCAGUGUCCUCCCUUUCCCUUUCCCGCACCAUCGAGGCCUUCGGAUCGACGCUGCCCCCCGUUCAGUCGAGAGACGGACUGGUAAUUCAUACUCUCGUAUACUCGGCGACUAUCAAGCUGUUCGAGGCCUUGAGCGAUAAGCAUUCCCAGGCACGCGGUCGCGUUCUCGCUGCUACCCGGUCGAUUGUCGAGCUACUGGUCAAAGCAGAUCUGCCGCAACUUGGUGUGAUCGAUCCCAUUCUUGCUCCAUUAUGGGCUUCCGCCGCGCAGGUGAUCGUCUCCGAGAUCACGCGCCGGCGUGCUGAAAGCGGCGAUACGCAGAGCCUGGUCGAGGCGAUUGGCAUCGUCGUCGCUGCUAUGCGCCUGUUUCCCUUUCCGCUCAUGGACAUACAUUUGAAGAAACUCAAGGACGCCUGUGCACCGGCGCAGAUCUUCCUUUGAAGAAUGUAGACUAAUAUAUCUGAUUACUGCUGGUAUAAUGUGCCUGCUGGCCGCAUUUCUGUAACUCUCCUUUCUUCGCAUUGUUUUGUAUCAUGUAGCAACUCUAUACGCCCCAACAUGUAAUUAGAUCGUCGUCGUUGCUUCGGGUAUCUCAGCAUCGUUACAGUCCUGUACAUCAGCAGCAUAUAUCCUAG